GUGCGCCUUCGGAAGUCACAGAAAACACGUUUCUGUCCAUGUUAGCCGCAGUCUCAACUGCAUUUAUAAAGUUAGCGAUGUGACAGAAUAAUACUGUUCCCAUUUUCAUGUCAGCAGGUUUUUCUAAAUAAAGAAGAGAAUCCCCAGCGCAGCAGUAAUGUCGGGGGCCAAACACAGGAUGCGCAAUAGAAAGAUGAGAGAUCAGCCCACCAGUGUGACCUAUUCAGCGCCAGGCUGGCGCAAUGGUGGAGACACUCCUGCCGGUCGUGCCAGUGACUUCCAUCAUGCGAAGGGGCAAGGCCUACCCCAACAGGGCGGUGGGUGGUCCAGGGGCCACCAGUCAGGUGGCUCGGUGUACCCUAAGGAGCUUCCCAAAUGCAUCACCAGCACAUAUUUUGCCAGGGCCAGGUCUGCAGAGGUGAAGGCGAUGCUGAAGGCUGUCAACAAGACGACUGGCAGCUGCCAUACCUUUGGCGCUCUGCCCAAACACAUGAGACGCAGAGCCAUGAGCCACAACACUAAACGGCUGCCCACCAGGCUACGGGAAGGAGCACAGAGGAUGUUGGAGAAAAGCCUGCAAGCUGCAAAGAAGGAGAAGAAGGAGGAGUCAAAGGCCAAGAGCCGCAAAGCCCGUCGUCGCCAUGGUAACCUGCUCCUGGAGUUCAACCGUAGACAGAGGAAGAACGUCUGGUUGGAGACGCACAUCUGGCAUGCCAAGCGCUUCCACAUGGUGAAGAAGUGGGGUUACUGUCUGGGGGUCAGGCCCACCCUAAAGUGCUAUCGGGCCUGCUACAGGGCCAUGAGCAGCCACUGCCUCCUGCAGGACCUGUCCUAUUACUGCUGUGUGGAGCUGCAGGGCCCAGAGGAGCAGCUCCUGAGCGCCCUCUCCAGGCUCACCAGCAAAGACACGGGGCCAACCUUCGCUGCGCUGCAGUGCCUCUCCGGGCGCAAGCAGGGCAGUGUGGUUCUGUACAGGCCUGAUCAGUACCCCGCCCAACCGCUGGGCCCUGUGCUCUUCCUUUGGAGGCCCCGUAGUGAGGGCUCUACUCACAGACAGCUGUGGAUAUGGGGCCACCCCACACUAAAGCAGGACCUCCUGUCUGAGCUGCGAACAUUGUGCCAGUGCUCUGAGCCGGUGAUGCCAGUGCCUAAACCAGUGCCCAGCCCAGCAGUGGAAGCCGUAGCAGUGCCAGCCAAAGACCCGACUCAGAAGCCGGCCAGUGGACGGAAGAGGAAGAGGGAAGAGCAGGACUCUGAUGGCCAGCCGGCCAAGAAGAUACUUGGGGACGGGACUCGGUCACCUACCUGCCCUGUCACAUGGAAGUCAACCACAACUGGAAUAGUCAUUAAUGACCUAACCAUGGAAAUGGUGCGCUAUCGCCUCAUUGGUCCACUCUCUCACACUGUCCUGACUGAGGCUCUGUCUCCUGCCACAGACUGUGAUGAAGCAGCCAAAAGCAGUCAGUCAUGCUUCUGGUGGCCCGAGUACUCCAACCAGGAGCAAAACAUGGCUCUUCACCGAGAGCAAGCUGACGUCUUCCAGCUCCUCAAGGGUGUGUAUUCCUCCACUGAGAUCCCAGCAGGCUCUGUCCUGGGCCUGACCGUAGAUGACCCCCGCAUCUCCCUGCCCCGCAGGAGAGUCCAAGCCGAGCCUGACCUUCAGCAGGCCAUAGGUGUGGACGAGGAGAAGAGAAGGGCUCUUACCCUGCAGGGAGUACCGGAGCACUGCUGCCAGAGUGCCCUGUGGGAUCGGACCGUAAGGGACAACGUCACCGACAAUAAGCUACCUGAGAAGGAGCUAAAUCGGAUGCGGAGCGAGCUCCUGGUGCCCGGCUCCCAGCUGACGCCCACCCCUCUGCAGGGCCGUGUGCCCGUGCUGCUGGUGCACCAGCCGGGAAAGCAGCUGGGCCAGGAGAUGCCCUCCUGGGGGGUGGGCUGGGACCUGCUGCUGCCCAAAGGCUGGGGCAUGGCCUUUUGGGUGCCUCUGGUGUAUAGAGGGGUCCGAGUGGCCGGUCUCCAGAUGAGCCUGAAACACUCCCAGCACAAGGGGGCGCCCCACUUCCCCCACGACUACCCAGACUGCCCUGCAGGUGCCCGCUUCCAGGACGAGCAGCAGGCAGAGCUCAUGGACAAGUUUACAAGACGCCCGCCCGCCAAGAGGACCAAUUAUAUCAAACACGGCUGCCUGGCGCCGUUUCGAUGCCCCUGGCAACAGCUGGCAGAGGAAUGGGUGGAGAUCGUCAAGGAGACUGGCAAGGGCACCGAUACACGGACUGACGUGGAGACAGCCGGAGCUCCACCCAGUCGGUUUUCUGUGCUCAGGAGCAGGAAGGUGCUGAAGCAGCUGUCUGCGUGGUGUCAGCCCACCUCCUCCAGAGGCCAGCGGCUCCAGCGCGGGCCCCAGCCCUCUGCCCUCUCCCCGGCCAGCGCCGCCGCCCUGUGGGCCUCGCACGGACGCGUCCUGGUGUGGGCGCGCUUCUCGCUGCUGGCCAAGGGCCGGCCGGAGCUGCACGCCAUGGUGUGCGUGCCCACGGAGGAGGACCUGCGGCUGCUGAGCCGGGACCCCCACUGCACGGGCCCCCAGGAGCCCCGCCAUGUGGACCACUUCAGGAAGCGCGUGCAGAGCGCUCGCAAAGACAAGAAGAAGAAGAAGAAGAAAGAUAAAGCAGAAGGAGCCUCAGCAGAGAGUGCGACUGGCUCUGGUGGUAGCGCCAAGAAGCCGGACGCAGCCUCUGACCCGAGCUUGGGGUCUGCUGAGCAGCCAGGUUCUGUCCCAGAGGUCACCUCCAUCCCCGGUAGUAUUUCGGACAGCGAUUCGAGCGCCAUUCCAGCUCUGCCCCAGGCUCCUGUCACGCCAUCUGACCAGGACCCCUCCGCCGCCACUCCUGCUCCAGCUCCUCCUGCGGAGGCGGAGAGGCUGGUCCUGGGGCUGUGGCCGGAGCCACUGCCCAGUGUGACGUCGCACUGCUCGCGCGUGACCCUGGGCUGGGUGACGCAGGGCGACUUCUCGCUGGCAGCGGGCUGCGGGGAGGCGCAGGGGCUGGUCAGCCUGACGGGCCUGCUGCAUGCGCUCCUGGGCCAGCCGCCCGAGCGCAGGGGCCUCGUGCUGCUCAGGAACCCCUCCUCUCUGCAGUACCGCUUCGCCAAGGUCACCAUCGAGGCCUAAGACCCCCCCCAAGGACACACAUACAUACACACUCACUCACUCACACACACACACACACACACACACACACACACACACACACACACACACUUACACAUGUGCUGAUCACUCACAGCUGAUUGGCUAUUAUCCAUGGGUGAAAGAAGAAAACCUGCAGGCUGCUAGUUUGCUACAUCAUAUGCUAGCUAACUGCAUGCCAGUGCAGGCUAUCUCUCUCCCUCACACACUCACACACACACACACACACACACAACAGAUUUCUGCUCACUUGAUGGACACUGGCUAUCUUCUGUGGGCUACUGCAGACGCUCCAGCUUUGCUGCAUUCUCCAGUGUGCACUGAACGCUUCCUAGCGACACGGCGGAGUGCAGUCGCCUCCAUGUGAAUCAGAACAGCUUUAAUCCUCACAACUCAGACGUGCAUGUAGAGCAUCGUUCACACCGGCAUGUGCCACGUAGAAUUAAACUCUGCCCCAGCUCUGGUCAGGUCUGCAAGGAUGGUAUUUCUGUAGCCUCUAUUAUAAGCUGUGAGGGACAUGGAACAAGCCUUGUGCAGUCCAGUGAAGGGGUUUGUUGUUAUUCACUGAGAGCUUGGCUGAUUGCUCAGCCAUCACAGUUGUGGUUUAGGUGUGUGCGUUUGCUUGGUUCUUGUUGGGAUGGAACACAAAUGUAAUUGCAAAGCUAUGGAUGAUGUCUUCACAAAGUGCAUCACAAGACUACAUGGUACAGACCCAUGCACAGUUAAUUAUACCUUGCACGACAUUUGGAAAAACUGAAGAACUAGUGCCUCUGUUUGAGUGUUACCUCAAUCCUUUGUCUGGAUUUCUAAACAUUCAUUUUUGUUCAGUUUGGUCUGGGUCCUGCAUGGGACAGACUGCUUGGUGUGAGAGUGAACAACAGGAAUGUAAGGUGUUCUGUUCACUCUCGCCACCUCUAGCAUGAACAUCCUCAUCUUCAAACACCCAAAGGUGUGAAAUGUGACUAACAUUAGGUUAGAAACUUGUGUGAAAUGUGUUUUUUUUUUUUUUUUUUUUUUUGCACCUCAUCCGUUAUGACAUGUACCAUUAUCUCAUGAACACUUUUUUUUUUUCCUAAAUGCAUUCAGUGCCUGGAGUUUGGGACAGGUGCCAUUUGAGUUUUAGGUUUGGUUGAAAUGCCCUGUGGGCACUGAGACCUUUCUCACCUACGGGACCUGCAUCUGGGUCAGAUGUUUUAUUCAGUUGGAUUAUAAAUAAUUAGUUUUUACAUGGUGUAACGGUUUUACUUUGAUGAAUGUGUUAUGUUGGUCUCGGCACCAGAUCUCUCAUUUCCUGCUUCAGUGGUGGUAUUCAUGCUCCUGUCGCUUGUUUCCUUUUGAUGUCAAUAAAAUCCACCUCUCUCAAACCA